AUGUCAUUUUCUUCAUCUUGUGAAGAAUUUCAAAUUAUUUUUGAUACCGCUAUUGCGUGUGUUCAAAUGGCGGAACAAACAUACAACGUUGUAUGUAACAACGCAGUUGCAAGUUCUCAACAGAGAACACGAAGAUACAUUUACAGAAAUCGUGAAGAAGCCAACCAACGUUUGGUACAAGACUAUUUUGCAGAGAAUGCCACUUACCAAGGGUAUUAUUUUCGUAGGCGCUUCAGAAUGCUCAAAGGUUUAUUCGAACGUAUAGUUGAAGAUGUAACGAGGGAAUGCAAUUUUUUCCAACAACGCUACGAUGCUAGAGGUACACCCGGUUUCACUCCGUUACAAAAAUGCACGGCCGCACUUCGUCAGUUAGCAUAUGGCAUUCCGCCUGAUGCGUUAGACGAAAGUUUUAGGAUGUCUGCUAGGAUAGCACGAGACAGUCUCCAUUUUUUCUGCAAAACUGUCAUUCAGUUUUAUGGUCCAAAAUAUUUACGUAAGCCUACACCAUAUCAUGGGCAAUUUACCCGAGGUGAUCAUGGUCACCCAACGGUAAUACUUGAAGCAGUUGCAUCACAAGAUAUGUGGAUUUGGCAUGCUUUUUUUGGUUCUCCUGGUUCGAUUAACGACAUCAACGUUCUUAACCGUUCACCAAAAUUUAACAACAUAUACGAUGGAUCCGCACCAGAUUCUUCUUUUCAAGUGCAUGGAACGCCAUAUAAGUAUGGUUAUUAUCUGGUCGAUGGAAUCUAUCAUGAGUAUGCUGUGUUUGUUAAAUCGUUUUCAGCUCCGCAUGGUUCUAGACGAAAGAAAUUCAAGAGAGCUCAAGAAAGAGCUAGGAAGGAUGUUGAGCGUGCUUUUGGAGCUCUGAAGAAACGGUGGUUCAUAUUGAAAAAACCAGCAGCUUAUUUGGGCGAGGAAAAACUUCAAGAAAUCAUGUAUACAUGUAUUAUAUUGCAUAACAUGAUUAUUGAAGACGAAGGAAGAGCGAUAUGUGCGUUUGAUGAGGAAGAAAUCAUACCAGAGACACAACCAAUAGAAAUUGGUGGCGAAGAGUAUAUAAACAGGAGAGCAGAGAUACGUUGCACUGAAACAUUUCACAAUCUUCGCAAUGACUUGGUGGAACACAUUUACGGGGUUCAAAACAUUAACCUUAAUUUGGAUCCACCGGAUGACCCCGAAGACGAGUUCUCGGAGAACGACUUUAUGUAG